AUGCGUAGUAAUCGCGUGAUCGGGAGACAACAAAUUUACUUCUUGGAUGAAACGUGGUUGAAUGAAGGGCAUAAUACUGUUUUCAAGUUUUGGCAAGAUUUAAACAUGACAAGUCAUAGACAAGCCCAUCGUGAUGGAUUGAGUACAGGUAUGAAAUGCCCCUCAGGCAAAGGUCGCCGAUUGAUAGUCACACAUAUAGGUUGUGCAUCUGGCUUUGUGAAUGGAGGGUUGAAUAUAUUUGAAUCCAGAGAAACUGGUGACUACCACGAUGAGAUGAAUGCCGAAGUUUUUGAAUCUUAG